AUGGCAGGCGAAACCGGACCUAUCCAGGUCUCCAGAGCGAUGGCCAUGUUGAUAGCCGCAUUCUUCGCAAUAUCAUGUUACAAUGUACUCGAGAUCACCAUUUCGAUCUUCACCACCUUCCGAUGUCGUCGCGGGCUCUACUUCUGGAGCAUGCUGGUCGCGACUUGGGGCAUCUUACUCCACGCCAUCGCGGUUCUCCUGCGCUUUUUCGCCCUGGCCCCGAAUUUUCCAAUGUCUGUCUUGAUAUGCAUUGGCUGUAAUGCGGGCGUAAACAGCUUCGUCGCCCCAUUUAAUGUCUACGAGCGGAUCCAGCUGGCUGGGUUCUCCGCCCAAGAGAUCAUCAUCAGUGGUCUCUACAUCUGGGAAACAAUGACUGGCCUGAGACCGGUGCUGGCCAUGAAGGGGCGCGCCGGCAAGAGAGUCAUUGGCAACCUCGUUAUCGUCAACACCAUCGCAGUCCUAUUGGAUGCAUCCCUCCUUGCCACGGAAUAUACCGACAACUUCGACGUCCAAACCACCUACAAGACGGUGGUCUACAGCGUGAAAUUGAAAAUGGAGUUCACAGUGCUCAACAGUCUACUUACUGUGAUCUAUGCGCACCCGUCGACUCUGGAGGAUUUCCAACGGCAGGACAUAUUCCAUCAUCUAGAGCCAACGUCAACUGGCGGUCAAUCGGCCGAGGCCCCGGUCCUGCAUGUCCCUACCGAAAGCCUCUAA